CCUUCCCUGUUUUUUCAUUGUAGGCUUGAUCCCUAUACAGAUUCCUAUUAUGACUAUGAAAUAGAACGGUUCCGGCGUGGUGGGCAGUAUGAGAAUUUCAGGGUUCAGUAUGCAGACCCAGAUCCAUAUCGUAACUACAGAGAAAGAGAGCGGGAACGGGAGAGAGAGAACAGACAACGAGAAAGGGAACGUGAGAGGGAACGGGAGCGGCGUCAGCGGGAGCGAGAACGGGAAAGGGAACGGGAGCGCGACAAGGAACGCCAGCGGCGGAAAGAAGAGUGGGAACGGGAGCGAGAACGGGUGAAGAGAGAUGAAAAAGACAGGCAGCACAGGGACUGGGACAGGGACCGGGAAAAGGAGAAAGAAAAACCAAAGCCCCGGUCCUUACAGAUACUGAGCCGUCAACCUGAGACACCAAAGAAGGAGAAGGAGGCAACCACACUUACCACCACUCAGUCCAAGAGAGCAGAUGAAUGGAAGGACCCCUGGCGCCGAUCCAAGUCUCCCAAAAAGAAGCUUGGUGUGUCUGUCUCUCCCAGCCAUGUGCACAGGUGCCGAAAAACCUCUGCUUCUUCAGCAUCUGCUUCUGGCUCUUCAAGGUCCUCUUCUCGUUCAUCCACCUAUUCUGGUUCAGGUUCCUCGCGAUCUCAUUCCAGAUCAUCUUCUUAUAGCUCUUACUCUAGUCACUCUUCAAGACACAGCUCUUUCUCAGGCAGCAGGUCCAGAUCACGGUCCUUCUCAUCUUCACCCUCUCCUUCUCCAACACCAUCUCCACACAAGCCAGUUGCGAAGUCUAAAGGGGUGCUGUUACCACCUGCUGAGAAGGGUGAAAAGUCUGUGAAGAAACUAGCUGCCCUUCCAGUCCCUCAGCCACUCACUAAAAUUGCAACAGCUGCACCUGAGCCAGCCAAACCAGGGGAUAAUCCAGAGGCAAGAAGGAAGGAACGUCAGACAAGGACUCCACCCAGGAGGCAGACCAUCAGCAGCAGCAUCAGUGGCAGUGCCAGCAGCUACAGUGGUUCCAGUUCCCGAUCUAGGUCCUUGUCUCAGUCUCUCUCCAGAUCUCAUUCCAGGUCAUCAUCUGCAUCAGUCUCCCACUCUCCAUCUGGAUCCAGGAAGUCCAGGUCCCUGAGCAUGAGCAGCGUUUCUUCUGUCUCUAGUGCCUCCUCCAGCAGCAGCUCUGUAAGCAGCGCUGACUCUGAAGACAUGUAUGCAGAUUUGGCCAGUCCUGUGUCUUCAGCCAGCUCCCAAUCCCCAACCCCAGCACAGCAGAAGAAAGGAAAGUCAAAAAAAGAAGAUAGCACUAAAGAGGAGAAGCAGAAAUGGGAUGUGCCCACUCAGCUCCUGAAAUCAGCCAAGCCCACCCAAGGGAGCAAAUCACAGCAGCUCCUCCAGACCCAGGAGCCAUCAGCCCCCCAGUCUCAGCAGGGAGGCUUCAGCACUCACAAAGAGAUCAAACUGACUCUUUUGAAUAAGGCAGCUGACAAAGGAAGCAGGAAAAGAUAUGAGCCAGCAGACAAAAACAGGCCAACUUCUCCUCCAGCCAAGCGGGUGAACCUGUCGCCUGACAGAGGCUCUCGUGACAGGAAGGCAACUGGGAGACUCUCUUCACCCAAGGAAGAACGGCAAAGGGGCCAGAACCCGAAACCUUCUCCUGUGCAGACAGACAGGAAGCGCCAUCUCUCACCUCAGUCCAAGAGCUCCAGCAAAGUCACAAGCGUACCAGGCAAAGCAUCAGAGCCAGGCAACAUGGGUGCCAAUGCAGGCAAAUCCAGCACCCUGUCCCGACGAGAGGAGCUCCUGAAGCAGCUCAAGGCAGUGGAAGAUGCCAUCGCUCGCAAGCGGGCCAAAAUCCCGGGGAAAGUAUAGCGGGAAGUGCCCCUGAGUGACUGUUCAUUUUUUUUAAAAAGAGUGUCAAAGCAGCCACUUUGGGAUUUUGCAGUUCUGUCUUGUUUUGGCUGCAAUUCUUUAAAAACAAACAAA